AUGGAAGUGGAUGGCGAAGAAACAGUAAUUCCGAACAAAGAUGGUUACUGCAUUAGCUACGACCCGCCUUUGUCUGGCGCGACAGCACCUGUGCCACGACGUCGACGGCUACUCUUAUCGACUGACAGCGCCUUCGCUGAUACCAUACUCCCGUCGUUGGUGCAGAACCCCUACAUCGAGCUGCGAUUGAUCACCGAUGAACCUUCAGCUCUGCUGGCAGGCACGAACCGGAUACCGCAUUAUAUGGAUACCGUGGAUGGGCAGACAUUUGACAAAAAGACCGGAGCACGAAAAUGGCUCAAAGCAAAGACGGCAGAGCUUUGCGAGUGGGCCGAUAUGCUGCUUGUCGCCCCCAUUGACGCUGGAGCUCUCGGAUCCAUGUUAGCGGGGUUGACCAACACCUUGACAUUGGCGCUUUUGCGUGGCUGGAUCUCAACCAAGCCUGUCAUUCUCAUACCUGGGAUGACUGUUUCAGAAUGGGAAAAUCCGUUGACUCGCCGACAGCUCGAUGAACUUCAACGUUAUUGGACAUGGGUGUACACAAUAAAGCCCGUGCUUUGGAAGUCUAACGGACCCGAGGAUCUCACAACCUUGCCAUGGGGUGGGUUAAAGGAUCUGCAUGCCACAAUUCAACUAGCGCUGCAUAUACCGUCGAUGGCUGCAUAUAGGACUGCUGCAGAUUCUACGAAUGGCAAAUCUGUAGCGACACAAUCAUCCACUAAAGGGGCCCAAUCAUUAAAAUCUAGCAACCCCGCGGCAUCCGCCUUGCGAACUAUGCAGACCCACUGGCCGAAUUCCAAAAAGAAAGACCAGUCUUUGCCGCUUGAAUUAUGGCUUAAUAUUUUUGAAGAUCAGUUAGGGGAUUGGGAAAUUGCGAAAGCCGUUGGAAUCCCAAACCGCCUUCCCGUGCCCAAGGAAUGGCAGAGCCAUCUCUUGAAAAUGUCUACCCCUGCGUCUCUCGAAUACACAAUCCUGCGAGGUUCCUUUGCUGCUAUCAAAAGGCGCAUCGAUGCCCUUCCUCGUUGGAAGCCCGUGUCAGAUCUAGCAUGCCACCUCAUCGUGAAAUUCUCACGAACUGAUAUAUUGUCUUACCUAACCGAAAACCACAUCGAUCUUUUCUUUACGACGUCACGUCUCACCAACAUUCCCUACCGUGUGUCUUCGAUGUACGGCAACCCGACUGUUUUGACAUGGUGGCGUGACGCCCCUGCGCUCCCCAACAAAGAAUAUGCGGUCGAUGCUAUGGACGGUGCAUCUAGAUCUGGAUUUAUUCAAGUGCUAGACUGGUGGCUCCAUUCAGGGCUUGACCUGAAAUACAGUGAACGUGCUCUCGAGUCCGCCAGUGCUGAGGGCCGGGUCGCAGUACUUGAUUGGUGGAAAUCAGCAUCAGCAAAUUCUCCACGCUCGAAACGUAUUAUGAUGAAAGUUGGUAAAUCCGUUCUUCUCGCCGCACAGUCCGGUCGUACAGCCUCUUUGGCCUGGUGGGAUGCAUCAGGAAUUCCAUACAGCCAUGCGGAGAACGUUGCUCGCAUCGCUAGUACGCACGGCCAUAUUCACGUCCUGGAUUUCUGGUACCGUUUGAAGGGACCAAAGAUGAUCUUUGACAACCAAGUACUUGUCGGCCCAACCAAGAAUGGUCAUGACCAUGUACUACAAUGGUGGAAAGACUGCGGUCUGCGGGUCGAGUUCAAGACCUGUGACAUUGAAGAAGCUCUCGAAGACGCAGCCCCAGGUGCUGAUGUCCGCGUGCGUGCAUGGUGGGAACGCAAUGGCCUCAACCUGGGCCUCGGGACAAGAGAGUGGAUGAAGCCCAAGGUUCUUUAA